AUGAGCAAAAAUUCAACCAAACUUCCCAUUCAAUUCCCUUCCAUCAACGACUUCGUCACCGUCCUCUCCUCCAUCGUCGUUUUCCAGAACCUCCGCGACUCCUGCCUCUCCCACCUCCACGACCUCGUUUGGGACGUCAUUCCCUCCCCCAAUUCCCUCCAUUACCACAAGUCCUGGGCUUGGGAUGCUUCUUCCUCCUCUGUCUUCCCCGCGCCUUCUAGAAGCUCGGCCGAUUCGAUGCCACCAUUUGCUCAACGGAUCUUGGGUCAUCAUUGUCGGCGACUCUCAAGCCAAGCUGGUGGCAGUCUCGCUUCGCAAUCUGGUUCUGGAUUCAAAGCAGAUGGACAAGAUUUCUUGGUUAUAGGUUCUGGUCUGCAGCACAUGCUUCAUUUAACUAAUGCAUCCGAUUAUGGUGCUUCAUUGCAAUUCACUAAGGAUGAUGCUGGUUCUUUGGUCUCAUUUGAGCAGCAUGAAGAAGCAGUAAUUACAGGGUCCGUGCUAGUCAGACCUUCGUCGCAUCUCUUCUGGAUUGGGAUACCCACUUUGAUCAACUCGAUGCUGAAUACGGAUGAGAAGAGGGAUAAGAUAACUGAUGUCUUGAGGGUUGGCUAUGAUGAGUAG